AUGGCUGAAAUUCUGUUCAAUCUCGCUGCUGAAAUCUUGAAAAGCUUGGGUUCUCUUGGUACUGAAGAAGUAGAAUCUAUUUAUGGACUACUCGAUGAGCUUAAAAAUCUUUCUGCUACUGUUUCUUCCAUCCAAGCCGUACUCAUUGAUGCAGAGGAGCAGCAGGGGAGUAGCUACCUGGUGAGGGACUGGAUAAAAAGGCUUAAAAAAGUGUUUUUUGAAGCUGUUGAUCUCUUGGAUCACGUCGCCACUGAAGUGAAGCAUCGAAAAUUGUUUAAUAAGGUAGGCAUCUUCUUCUCAAAAUCAAAUCCUAUAAUUUGUAAUUGUAAGAUAAGUCAUCGUCUCAAUUCUAUUCGACGAGACCUAGAUCUAAUUCCAAAAGAUAAGGCCUCCUUAAACCUAGUUGAAAGGAGCGAACCUUUUCUUCGGGAGCCUUAUUCAGUCCAAUUCAAUUUGGAUAGAGAAACUUAUUCAUUUGUGCCUGAAGGAGAAGUAAUUGGAAGAAAUGAUGAUAAAAAGAAAAUUGUGGAUUUUCUUUUGGAUUCUAAGGUUGAAGAGAAUGUUGUGGUCAUAUCAAUUGUUGGUCUUGGGGGGCUAGGAAAGACCACUCUCGUACAAUGUGCGUUUAAUGAUGAAAUGGUUAAGGAGAAUUUCGAAAAAACAUUGUGGGUAUGUGUUUCGGAUGUAUUUGAAGUGAAAAGAAUUGCAGAAAAAAUCACUGAAUCUGGGGGAGGGAAGAAGGAUAAUUACGUUCAACAAGAUGCAGUGCAAAACGAGCUUAGGAAAAUGCUUGAUGGAAAGAAGUAUUUGCUAGUGCUCGAUCAUGUGUGGAACAAAGAUCCUUUGAAAUGGUCGAGAAUGAAGAAUAUGUUGAUUGGUGGAGGCAAGGGAAGUAAGAUUUUGCUGACUACUCGUUCAGACGUGGUGGCGGAAGUUUCAGGAAGUGCUCACCAACAUAAAUUAGGAGACCUUUCAGAGGAAGAAGCAUGGAUAUUGUUUGAAAAAAUGGCAUUUGGAUGGAACAAAGAGAGAGAAAAUUCAAGUUUGGUGGAAAUAGGAAAAGAAAUUGUGAGAAAGUGUGGAGUAGUUCCUCUUGCAAUAACGUCAGUAGGAAGCCUACUACACCUCAAAAGAACGGAGGAUGAGUGGAUAUAUUUCAAAUUCAAAGAUUUGUCAAGUAUCACUCGAGGAGGAAAUGAUGUAAUGGUCAUUUUGCGAUUGAGCUAUAAUCACCUUCCUCGGCAUUUAAAGAUAUGCUUUGCAUAUUGUUCCCUCUAUCCAAAGGAUUUCAAAAUUGGUAGAUUUGAUUUGAUUACCAUGUGGAUUGCUCAAGGCAUUAUUCAAGCAACUACUAGCAACACAGAUAAUGUGGAGUAUGUUGCAAAUUCAUAUUUCACGGAUUUGUUAAGAAGGUCAUUCUUUCAAGAAACUGAAGAACAUGAAUCGUUUAUGCAAUUUUACAAAAUGCAUGAUCUUAUUCAUGAUCUUGCGAAAGAAGUUGCAGAUAGGGACUUCUUUAGUAUCACUAAAACUGAAGAUACAGAAGUUGUACCAGAACAAACUCUCUAUGCUUCUUGUUUAUUCAAGAUUGAUGGUUCAUCAGCAUUUCCCAAUUCAUUCUAUAGGAAGCAUAUGAAGUUGCGUGCAUUUAUUUUUCUAAAUCAAUCUCCAAUCAAUGUCCUUAGCAAUUCAACUUUAGCGAGAAUGAUUUCAAGUUUUUCACGCUUGCGCCUCCUACAUCUAGGUCACCUGAAGAUAGAGUUUCUGUCUAAAUCUUUAGGUGGGCUGAAGCAUCUAAGUUAUCUCUGUAUAUUUUCUUGGAGCAUUUCUACUUUACCAAAUUCCAUCACAAAAUUGCAUAAUCUACAAGUUCUGAAGUUGGAUGAUUGCGAAGAACUACAUAAUCUACGAGUUCUGAAGUUCUGA